AUGUGCAGUGUAGACUUGUGAUUGUAGCGUCGAGCUGUACUGUACAGUUUGAAUAGAAUUCGCCGUAAUAUCAUUAAAUAUUUACCGUAUUAUUGCAGUCCUCGCGUAUCAACGUAUCUGCAAAACCAAGCUGAAGUCGGUGGGUCUGAAAUCAUCAUAGCUGCUAAAGUGAGCUUGUUUAGCUAACGUUAUUAGCUCAGCUUAGCUUGAAUCACAGUUACUCUCCAGUAUUUGCUUUCAGUUUUCCUGAAUGUUGUUUGGGUGAUAUCGCCAUAGAUAGCUAACUUGCAGGUCGGUAAGUUGCAGGGGGAAAGUACCCAUUGUUUUUUCCAGGAUGCUCCUCAUCGUCCUGGUAUGCAGCCUGUGUCUGGCUGCCACAGCGCAGGAGGACGACGACGACUGGAUAGACCCUUACGACAUGAUCAACUACGAUUCAAGCACCAAAACUAUGAGGAAGCCUGCAGAGCCAGCAAACUAUGACAAUGUGCCAACCAAGAGAAGAGAGUACAAUCGGGACUCCAAUCAGGUGGAGGUGACGCCGUGUAACACCCAAGUAAUGGAGCUACAGAGACAGAAUGAAGAACUAAGGAAGAAAAUCACACUCCUCUCACAGCAGCCUACAUGCAAUCCAGUGUUCAAGCGAUUCCUCACCAGACUGCGGAAUGAAAUAGAAAAAGUUGGUUUGCCAAGUGACUCCACUGAAGUCUUAUAUGAUGCCAAAAUCCUGCUGUCCAAACAAACCAUGACAGAGAUCCAGAAUCUUCUGGUUGGUGCAGACAGCUUUAGAACAGGAGCUCUGGACAAAAUACUGGUGGAUCUCAGACCACAUGACUACGAGGCCUGGAAAUGGCGUUUUGAAGACACCUUUGGCGUGGAGCUUGACACUCUAUUAAAAUUGGGGCUGGGUGUUAUGGUCAUCGUGGCCAUCAUAUGCACUCAGCUGUGGUCACAGGUGUCCUGGUUCAUACAGUUCAGUCGCCUGUUUGGUGUCAGCUUCCUUGUCAGUAUUCCCUGGAACUGGAUCUAUCUUUACAAGAUUGCCUUUGCUGAGCAUCAACGCAAGCUAGCAAAAAUGAACGAUGCUGAAUAUGCAAAAUGCACUGGAUUGAAGAAAUUUGACUGGAGUGAUAAUCUGAAAGAGUGGUUUAGAAGCACAUUGACUCUUCAAGAUGACCCUUGUAAGAAAUACUAUGAAAACCUUGACCCCUGGUUACUGGUACCUCCAACCAAGGCGUUCGCAGUUACCAUCACAACCUUCAUCACAGAGCCGCUGGAGCACAUUGGAGAGGGGAUCAGCAAGUUUCUUCGAGCCCUCCUCAAAGAUCUGCCAAUUACCCUGCAGAUCCCAGUCCUCUUCACUAUCGUGCUCGCCAUUGUGGUAUGCAUGUAUGGAAGUGUGCAAGCAGCCUUCCGGCAUGGCAUCACUGCACCUUUCCGCCGCCCUCGGAGAGAUCCACCUCCUCCACAGCGGGAGCAUCGGCGGCCUCGCCUCCAGGAGAUCGAGGACAUCGACCACUUAGCAGAAGGGGAUGCACCACGACGCGCACUGAAGCACCAAGCUGAUAACGCCAAAUUACACAGGAACCAGGUUCAUCGGAGGCGGCCCUACAGACCCAGAGAAGAGCCAGCAAAGGUGGCUGUGGAGACGCUACGCACUGCAGAGCCUCCCCAAAAUGAGUACGAGACGGACGCUGCGCCGCCUGGGGAGGAGACGAAUCUCUCUGCUGAGUCGGAUUCAGAAAACCAGCAGGAGACACAAGAGGAGCUUGAAGGAGCAACUGCUGGUAGUGCUGCUGCUAACAGGACCCAAACAAAAACUAAACCCACUGAAUCAGAUUCCUCUCCAACAAAAACAAAACCUCUGAAAGUGAAUAAAGAGCUUUCUCAUGAUGAACCAAGCAGAGACGGUGCCACACGCAGAGCUCAGCCAGCAGGAAGACGGCAGCUUUUCACAUGCACUAAUGGGAUGGUGAAUAUUCACAUAAAUUGGACUUGCAGGCCUCAGCAGAAGAUAGGACCUCCUCUGACUCACUGCCGUCUGUUGAAACUGUCGGAGUUCCUGUUCAGGAGACAUCUCCAACAUCAGUGGAGUAGGCCGCCUCUGCAUCGUUCAAAGCAGGAGGAUUAACGUCAUUAGUGUUUGCUGGUUUUGGUUGGACCGUGGAUGUUACACACAUUGUUUCGAUGUGCAUGUACAUCUCAAAGGUAACCCAGAUGGGGAACACGUUCAGUGUUGCCAACUAACUUUGUCUUGUUGCCGUGGGGUCGGCUAAAUGUGCCUUUCCCCGAGCAGAGUCAACACCACAGUUUGGUGAAUCUACUCAUUACUUCAUGAGGAUUUCGGCUUUGCUGUCUUUCCUUAGUUCCAAAAAACAAAUCAUUAAAUGAACCCCACAGCAGCCAGACAAAAACCAUUAUCAGGGAAACAGGAAUUGAAUGCAUUAAAAAUAGCAUUGUCUACUUGAAGGCAUACUAUGAAGGAUUUUCUUAAUAAACAUAUAGACUCACACAGUGACCCGAUAGCAGCGUGUGGUGGGGUCUGUAUCUGCAGAGAACCUGCCGUCUGCUUGUUAUUUUCAUGGUUUCCGCAAAAUCUGGGAAACCUGGAAAAGACAUGGAAUUUCACAAUCAUGUUUUCCAGGCCUGAAAAAGUAAUG